AUGUCCACCAAUGAUCCCUGGCUAUGGAGUGUAGACGAACUAGUUGCCAGCCUAUGUCACUCACCCACACUAUUCAUUAAUGCAGGGCAUUCAGUCGAUAACAUUCCGGAUAGCUCGACUCUUGAGACAGGGCUGCGAGCGCAGAACAUGACAGGAAAGACGCUACUUACUUCUUUUGCAAUGCAUGAAGUAGUAAUUACAAACAAAUUGAACAUAUCUCGUAUAAGUCAGCGGUUUGCUCUACACGCAGUGAUAGAACUGCUUCGACGAGAUUCACGUGGCUACCAUAUCCAGCACGCGACCAAUACGAGUGAAGUCCCGCUCAAUAAUAACGCCCCAAAUACUUCGCCAAUUGCACAAAUCAUUCGAAGCCCACAGGUAGCGUCCAAUCAACGGGGGACUGAACCAAAACGAAGCAGAGCUGAGAUCAUCCCAGCCGGGCCAGUGCGCCAAACGCUGCAAACGCAAAUGCAGACACAUGAUACGUCAAACGAGUUUGACCAUCUUCUGAGAUGGCAAAAUACAGCUGAAGACGACGAAGUGAUCGAUUUUGCAGUUGCCAACAUUCAACAGGACGAUGAAUCUAUCGGCACAGAUGAAGAUGAAGAAAUAGACGAUCCGCAAGAACCUGACGAGGUAGAGGUACCAUCAGGUCGAAACAAGCUCCCUCCUGAGCAAAUCGUCAAUAUCAUUAACGAGUGCAUCGAUGCCUACAGCAAAUCCUGGAAACCAAAUGCAGGCGUUCCCCGCGGCGAAGAAGUCGACUACGAUGUCCACGCCAUGUGGGAUGAAGCAGAAGCCUCGGGACAGCGAAAAAAUCUUGUGCAAAAGUACGAAGAAGAUCAUGCAUACUUUUCGAAUAGACUCAACAAACUGUGCGAUGAGAUUGUUAAUGCUGCUGGAAGCAACCCCAAUGAAGUACGCACGCAAUGUCGCAAUCUUGAGACUACGAUCCAAGCAAUGGAGCUGGCCGGUUGGCUAAGGGAGAUAUACGAACUGGAGCCGGUCGAUAGCGAUGACGAGCUUGCAGCCUCAGCCGACGAUAUUAGCAUGGCAUCUUUACCAAGGCCCCAGGCUAUUGCAGCCACCGAGAUUAUCAACCUGGAUACGUCGCCCGAACCUUCGGAAAUAGGAGAGGCGGUAUCAACCGUGGAGAAGCCUCUUCAAGAUGUGGCUGACAAUACUGGGAAUUUAUUGAGCCACCAGAGGCGGACAUUAACACCGGACUUCAUCCUUCGUGAUAUUGCUGGGAAUUCCUCGAGCCGCCACAGGCAGUCGCCAUCACCUGAAUUGGCCAUUACUCAGAGCAUAGAGCCAAUAGUCAACAAGUACCAUCGCCCCCUUCAUCCCAAUGGCCCUCGGCACACACCUAUUCUCCGAAGAUAUGGAGAUGACCCCGAAAACGCUUCGAUCAAUUCGGUACGCCGCUGGAAAUGGAAAGACUUAACUGAGCACCUUGAUCGCAAGCGUAUCGUUUCCAAAACCAUUUUUGAAAUGGAUGGCAGCGGUCGCGAGUCGGUUCGCAUCCGUGUCCAGCUCAUUGACAAGACAUGUCUACUAAGAGAAAUCGCGGCGUGCAUUGACAUGUUAUGGAGAGGAGAAUCGAAACUGCAGGGCGUACUCCCUCGAGACAUGGCCAAGAUUACCCGCUUUACCAACAUAUUUCUGUCGUGGUGGUUCUGUAGGAACUAUUUUGAUGGACCAAACGCAUCUACGGCAGAACUCGAAGAGCUCAAGUCCUGUUUAUCAGACGGAUCUGCUGGAGCAUCUACCUUCUACGACUACCUUUGUAAAAUUAUGGAAACGACCUUUAGCGAACAAGCUCUCCAGCACCCUGAUCAGCCGUCACAGGCAGAGAUCAUUGAGAUAUCGGACGACGACUGA